AUGGAACCGUCCACUGCCUUCAAUGAAAUCCUCGCAAUAAGUUCCAUACACGCUAACUGGCAUCUUCCAUCCUCAAUACCCUCUAUCGGUCUAAUACCACCGCUUUGCCCACCCACCGACCGUUACUUCCCUGAAGCAUGGCCCAUACCGCUCCUUAAAUCACUAUUGCGUCUAAGUGAGCUGACUGUCGGCGAAAAAGACAGGGCAAUAUGGUACCUUAAGACGACGUUCAGUGCAAGAAUCGACGGAGACCCUCAAGUGAAGAAACUAGGUGUGCAAGUCGUGGACGUAGAAGCUGCGGUGGCGGGACUUGAGUACAUGUCAAGGCCGGAAGUGGGUGGCAAAGUUGACUCGAAUGACGAAGGCCACGAAGAGUAUCAAGAGACACUUGGAAACCAGAAGAGUAUGGCAGGUAAGAGCAAGUCAUCUGCAGAGAACAAAACAGGAGGUGGAAGCAUUAGAGAAAUAAAUGAGCAAGAAGAGCCAUCUUAUAAAAGGAGGCGUACCGAGUGCAACAGCGAUCAAGUUGCAAAACCUGAUAAGUCAAGAGCAUCUAAGCCCCAAUGGUUGCAGCACGAAUCUCUUGAUGCGGAGCCAGAAGUAGGUACUGUGGAUAGAGGAACACUCCCGGAGAGUCCCGAAGCCAUAACGAAGAUCAAGUCUGUCACGAAUGAAUCAGAAAGCACUUAUCGACGACAGAAAGAAGAGCAAGACAAAGAGAUAUUCUAUACAGGAGCAGAGAGGGAUCAUGCUCAGCAUGUCCCCAUGCAAGCUGUCAACAUAGAAGCACUCACUCCGCAGACACUCUCCCGAGAAGUAGCCCGCACAAAGAGCUCCAGCAUCGAGCUGGAAGCUGCAUAUGCAAGAGCCAUAGAAGAGCGGAGGAAGGUCGGAGAGAAGACCUACAAGAAGCUCGUCGUAGACGUGCAAGCCGCUCGCAAACCUCAAAGCGCGCCGCCACCUGUUCCCCAGCAUCCCCACCCGCCACGUGAAAGCGCCGAAGUCAUGCUUCGGAAGCUGGAAUUGGAAGAGGCAGAGGCGAAGCUACGGGCCUCGAUACAGCAGGAGCGUCUUCGAGCCGAGGUGGUGGCGAGGAGAAAGGCAGUUGCUCAGGCGUUGAUGAUGGAGGAACAGGGUUUGCGGUAG